GAGAGCGCGCUUCGGAAGGCACCAGUCCUCCAGAGACGUCCAGGACGCUGUCUUCGCUGCUGAAAUGGCUUUCACCAUGCUGUUCCUGGUGGCUGCGGUGCUGAAUACAGUUCUUGCAGCACCACAGUUUAAUCCGAGAGAUGCCACCAUCAUCGGGCUGGAGAACGAUUUCAAUGGGAUUGAACCAUGGCACUGGAGGUUCGACACGAGCAACGGCAUCCGGCAGGAGCAGUUUGGCACAGAAGGUGACGGCGCGCGCCUGCGGGGCAGCUUCUCGUGGCAGCCGCCGGAUGUUGGAGGCGCCACCUACAGCGUCACCUACGAGGCCGACGAGAACGGCUACCGGCCCAGGGUCUCCUUCGGCACUGGAUCCGUAGCGGUGCGCGCCACACCGCUGCCACGACCGACGGAAUCGCCUUUCCAACAACCUUCUAGCCCCAUUGGAAGUAAUGCUGCUCUCACAUUGGUCGGCUGAGCGAGUGCUCGCACCGUUUACCUUCAAAAUAAUACCAACUCAAACACUGAACAGGCUGUUGGAGCCGUCAAGGGAAAUUGCACCCAUUGUCAGAGAGAUAAGAUGAAAAGUUCUGGCAGCUACAAGACAUUAGAUACCUUAUGCUCCAGAGCAUUAUUUGGACAGUUGCAAAAACAUUGUAAAGAUAACUUCGUAGCUCUACAGAGCAUGUGAAUAAAUUGGAUAUACUUUCUUCCUUA